UGUGCACUGAUGGCGCUGCACCGCCACCUGGUGGCCAGAGGUGGUAACCGCGUCUGCGCCGUGAGUACCGUUGAAGAUGGCGACUGCUGGAGUCCUUCAGAGAGUUGGCGGUGGCCUGAGUCGGGCCAGGAGCGGGGCCCGGGCGACCGGACAGGUGGUCGCGUGGAGCAGGUGACGGCAGUCUUCCGCGUGCACGUUCGGGGAUUUUCCACUUCAACCAGCAUCAAUGAGAAGGACAGCUGGUUCAAGUCGCUGUUCGUGAGGAAAGUCGAUCCCAGGAAAGACGCACACGCCACCCUACUAACCAAAAACGAGGAGACCAACCUGUACAAAAUUCAGUUCCACAAUGUCAAGCCAGAGUGCCUGGAUGCAUACAACAAGCUGUGUGAGGAGGUGUUGCCCUCCAUCCACGCCGAUAAGUACUACCCCUGUGAGCUGGUGGGCACCUGGAACACCUGGUACGGAGAUCAAGACCAGGCCGUGCACCUGUGGCGUUACAGAGGUGGAUACCCGGCUCUGACGGAGGUGAUGAACAAGCUCAAGCAGAAUCCGGAGUUCACAGCCUACAGGAAGGAGCGCGGCAAGAUGCUGAUGUCCCGCAGGAACCAGCUGCUGCUGGAGUUCAGCUUCUGGAACGAGCCGGUCCCCCGAGAGGGACCCAACAUCUACGAGCUGCGGUCCUACCAGCUCAGGCCAGGGACCAUGAUCGAGUGGGGGAACUACUGGGCCAGAGCCAUCCGGUUCCGGCAGCACAACAGUGAAGCCGUGGGAGGCUUCUUCUCACAGAUCGGGAACCUCUACAUGGUGCAUCACCUCUGGGCUUACAAAGACCUCCAGUCCAGAGAAGACACGAGGAACGGCGCCUGGCAGCAGGAAGGCUGGGACGAGGUGGUGUACUACACGGUUCCUCUCAUUCAACAUAUGGAUUCCAGGAUCAUGAUCCCGACUAAGGCUUCCCCUCUGCAGUGAGCUGACAUCAAGCCCCGCCCCCUCUUUUUUUGAAUGUUACACCCAUCCAGAGCAUCAGUAUCGUUGUUUCAACCUCCAGUCAGUACUGCCAAACAACCUCCCUCCUCUUCUUCUUGUCCUUGCUUCAUCACUUCAGGAUGCCACAACGCCAACCAAAAUAGUAAAAAAAAAAAAAACACUUAAAGGGCCACGACAAUUGUUCUCUCAAUUCUGGAGCGGGUCGAGUCAAAUUUGUACAAAUGUCGACGCUGCGGGUGGUUGUUCCGGCCGACGUCUCGUCCACGAAGAGUUUAGAACAUAUCCAAAGUUACUGAAAGAUGUGCAGCUGUGUGAGGACCGAUGGGAAUAAUAAUAGCAGGAGCUAUUUAUUUAUUAAGUGUGUCGAGUGAGCACCUUGAGAGGAGUGAGAGAACGCCUGUAUAUUCAGAUUUGUUGCUUAUGAGAAUAAAAGUAAAACGGUGUAAAAUGUAAAUCCCAUAAUUGUGUAUCUGAUUGAGAUCUAUUAUAAAUUACCUUCUUUUUUUUGGGGUAUAACACUCCUUUUAAAUUGCCUUUUCUGGAUGUUCCCCGGUGCUGUUUGUAAUAACUUCUACCGUUUGUUUCCCCGUGUGAAGACAGCAUGACGUGUUUCAUAAAUGGUUUUAGUGGGGCGUAACUUCUACCAAACGUAUGAUAACCUGUCCAGUCGGUUGGCAGAUUGUAUUGUAAAAAGGACUCAUGUUUAUGAGGGAACACAGAUUAAAGCAGUUCAACAUC